AUGGAUUACGAGGCACUGAAGGACCAAUGGAGUGAUGUGGAGGACCGCGAUGGCAUCAGACUCAGUUGGAACACUUUCCCGAGCACUCGCAUGGAAGCGUCCCGCCUGGUCGUUCCCAUCGCUGCCGUUUACACCCCGUUGAAGGAGAAGCCCGAUGCCCCGUUGCUACAAUAUGAGCCCGUCACCUGCAAGCAACCCUGCCGAGCUGUGCUCAACCCAUAUGCCACUGUGGAUGUGCGCGCACGAAUCUGGAUCUGUCCCUUCUGUCUGUCGCGCAACCCUCUUCCUCCCCAUUAUAAGGACAUUACGGAGAACACGAUACCCCCAGAGCUCCACCCGCAAAGCACGACGAUCGAGUACCAAUUGGCACGACCAGCCCCCGCUCCCCCCAUUUUCGUUUUUGUCGUCGAUACUUGUCAGGAGGAUGACAGCUUGCAGGCUGUGAAGGACUCCCUCAUCAUGAGCCUGUCUCUCUUGCCCCCCAAUGCGCUGGUCGGUCUGAUCACCUUCGGUACAAUGGCCCAAGUUCACGAGCUUGGUUAUACCGAGUGCGCAAAGUCAUAUGUCUUCAGAGGAAACAAGGAUUACUCCGCCAAGCAGGUUCAAGAAAUGCUUGGCCUGGCCGGUGGUGUGCGCCCUGGUGUUCCUCAACAACAGCCCGCUCGACCCCCUCUUGGCCCGGCUGCGCGCUUCCUUAUGCCCGUUCAGCAGGCCGAGUUCCAGAUCACCAAUGUCCUCGAGCAAUUGCAACGCGAUCCCUGGCCAGUGGCCAACGAUAAGCGUCCCCUGCGUUGUACUGGUGUUGCCUUGAGCGUUGCUGUUGGUCUGCUUGAGACUUCCUUCCAGAAUGCCGGAGGUCGCAUCAUGACCUUCACUAGUGGUGCAGCGACUGAAGGCCCUGGUCACGUUGUUUCACCAGAGCUCAAGGAGCCCAUCCGAUCGCACCACGAUAUUGACCGGGACAACAUCAAGUACUACAAGAAGGCUGUGAAGUUCUACGAUGCCCUCGCCAAGCGCGCUGCCAACAAUGGUCACAUUGUUGAUAUCUUUGCCGGAUGUCUUGAUCAGGUGGGUAUGCUGGAAAUGAAGAACCUCUCCAACUACACUGGAGGCCACCUACUUCUCACGGAUAGCUUCACAUCGUCACAAUUCAAGCAAUCGUUCGUUCGCGUAUUCGACAAGGAUGCCAACGACAAUCUUUUGAUGGGUUUCAAUGCAUCCCUUGAGGUGCUCACAACCAAGGAACUCAAGGUCACCGGUCUGAUCGGCCACGCUAUCUCACUGAACAAGAAAUCAAGCUCUGUUGGCGAAACAGAGUGCGGUAUCGGCAACACCUGUGCGUGGAAAAUGUGCGGAAUGGAUCCUUCCUCCAGCUAUGGCAUUUACUUUGAGAUUGCCAACCAAGGUGGCCCAGCUGCCGUUCAACCAGGUCCUCAACGGGGUGUGAUGCAGUUCUUGACAUACUACCAGCACUCAUCUGGGCAUUACCACUUGCGCGUGACUACCACUGCGCGUCCCUUGAGUGGACCCGCGGGUGACCCUACCCUUGCGCAGUCCUUCGAUCAGGAAGCUGCUGCUGUCCUCAUGGCCCGUAUUGCAGUGUUCAAGGCGGAGGUUGAUGACGGCCCAGACGUACUGCGCUGGGUUGACCGUAUGCUAAUCAGACUUUGCUCCCGAUUCGCCGAUUACCGAAAGGAUGAUCCCACAUCUUUCCGAUUGGAAAAGAACUUCACCUUGUAUCCCCAGUUCAUGUUCCAUCUCCGCCGCAGUCAGUUCUUGCAGGUGUUCAACAACUCGCCUGAUGAGACUGCUUUCUACCGUCAUGUCUUGAACCAUGAGGAUGCCGGUGACUCUCUUGUCAUGAUCCAGCCCACCCUCGAUUCAUACUCUCUCGAGCAAGAGGGGGCUCAACCAGUCCUGCUUGACUCUGCUUCUAUCCAGCCUGCCCACAUUCUCCUUCUUGAUACAUUCUUCCACAUACUUAUUUUCAAUGGCGAGACUAUUGCCGAAUGGAGGAAAGCCGGAUACCAUGAACAAGAAGGCUACGAGAACCUCAAGGCGCUUCUUGAUCAACCCAAAGAGGAUGCUAGGGAUCUUAUUUCCGACCGUUUCCCCCUACCCCGUUUCAUCGUCUGUGAUGCUGGCGGCUCUCAGGCCCGUUUCUUGCUGUCCAAGCUGAACCCAUCGACCACCCAUACCACGGGCGGUUACGGUGGUGGUGUCUCGUCGCAGACCAUCUUCACUGAUGACGUCUCGCUGCAGACAUUUAUGGACCACCUGAUGAAACUCGCUGUAUCCGGAACCAGCUAG